UCUCUUUGCCCCUGAUCGUUCCCAGCCGCACCGUUGGCGACGGCCACACAGGCACGACCUCCCCGACAGAGUCGCCCUGCUGAUGCCGCACCGCACUCACCUCCCGCCGCUCCGCGCGUUCCAGUUCCCGCUCGCCACCCACCUCCGUCACACUUGCUCUCCUUCCCCGCCACCACCUUGCCUCUCGCCAGCUCCCGUACCCCGAUGGCCGACGCCGCUUCGCGCCCGCGCGUUCGGCGAAUCCAUUCGCGGAGGCGCCGAGCCCCCUGGCUCCACCCUCGACGCGCUCCUCUCUGGCGCGGAGUUGCUCUGCCUCGCGCCGCCCGCCAUCUGCUCUGCGGUUUGCGCCGUCCGCCUUAUCGUCACGCGGGGCGGCUCAGUCAAGCCAUUCGCUGCUCUAGCGAGUGGGAGGAUGUUCGUCUUGCAGUACGUUCUCUUGGUGGGGGCGGUGGCGGUCGGGGUGCUGGUCCGGCGGAAGCAAUGGGAGCGACUUUGCCGGGUGGGCGCGGGCGGCAGCGCAUCGGCCACAGGUGGUGUGGAUUUGGUGGGGAGGGUCGAGAAGGUGGAGGAGAGCGUGCGGGGUGUGUUGGCGGCCGUUGUAGUGCUGUCGAGAACAGUGGAGAAGCUCGGCGUCAGGUUUAGGGUGCUGCGGAGGACGGUGACGGAUCCCAUCAGUGAGACAGCAACAUUAGCUGAAAAGAAUUCAGAAGCCACUCGAAUACUAGCAGCGCAAGGAAAUCUUCUCGAGAAAGAAAUUGGUUCGAUACAAAAGGUUCUGUACGCGAUGCAGGAACAACAAGAAAAGCAACUUGAGCUAAUCCUUGCAAUUGGGGAAGCAAGUAGGAUAUUAGAUGACAAGCAGGACUUAGGCCAGGAAACUGCUAUAUCUUCCAGUUCAGCUCCAGAUUAUGCAAAUAUAAGGGACCCGAAUAUCCAUGGAACAUCAGAUUUUUAGGCACGGCAGAUCAAAUGUUUUUUUGGCAAUUUACGUUGGCGCAAGGAUGGCAACUAAACUUACCACCCUCGGCAAACAUAAUUUGCCAUGAAAAACGUUUGAUUUGCUAUGCCUAAAAAUCUGACGUCAGUUUUUUUUAGCAUUUCAAAAUAUAAAAGCUGAAACACUUGCAGGCGGCAAUAAAAACCCUGAUUUCAUUUGCCGAAAUAGAAGCUAUAGAAGCGUCAUAAGCCUCUGCAUUAAGGUUUUGUACCAUCCAAAUAGUGAAGAGGAAUAGAUGAUUAAAGUGGUUCCCUGACGAAUAAAAUCACUGCUUUGAACAGUAAGCUGCCAGCAAUAUUUUGAUAUGCUCUUUGUAAACACAGGAGACGCAGAAUAAAUACACCAUAACGUGUGAUAUGUGCAGAGCAAAGCUGUUGUUUUUACAAGAUCCCACCUCAUGUCUGGUCAGUAAGAAGAUAAUCGCUGCUUUAAACAUGAAGAUGUGGCUAAUAUUUUUUAUACCCUAUAUUUGUAAAAUACAGGAGGUCUAGAAUAAUUAACUGCAAUAUAUAUGUCUGUUCAAGCAUGAACGCGGCUGGUGUCCAAUAAGCCGCAAGCACGCUGAGAAGUUAAAAUAUGGAACCGGCUGGCAGUGGCUGGGCAAGUAAAAUUAUCUACUGAGCAUUACCCAUCUAGCUAGGACUGUCCAGUCUUCAACUCAUCCUGUGAUUGUGUAAUGAUUUGUGUUACACCGGUUUUGGCUUGCACAAAACAUCUUUAAGAUGGCCUCAAAUGAAAAGGUGCCCAACAUGAAAGUUACAUAUCCCGUUGAAUCAAACAGUUUUUUUCCGUCAUCUUCAUCAGAGGUUGUAUGCGACCCCCAGGCCAAAUAAGUGCGCUGCAUAGGAGGUGCUUGAAGAUGGUUGGACUGUCUGGCACAUUUGUGGAAACAAGUUGGAGAUGGUUGGACUGUCCAACCCAUUUGUGCAAACAAGUCCAAGAAGGGAGGUCCUGUAAGCAAAAUUUCUUUAAGUGCGAAAUGUCUGCAAUACAAAUGAUUCAACAAAACAUACGAGAGAUUUUCUAUUCAUGAUCCGAGUGUACCUUGUUCCAUCGUGAAA